CGAGGGUAUACAAAUCUUAGGGCUUGGAAUUUUUUGCCGGCCAUGGUCGCCAGUGGCGCAAUGAAGUAGAGGCCAAUGUCAGGGUUUGGGAGGGGUGGAGGGAAGGGCGGCCAUGGACGCGGUAGCGGCGGCGCCGGAGGGAUCGCGGCGCUCCGCCGAGGUAUGCCGCCCAAGAAGAGCCAGCACCAGCAGCAUCAGCACCAGCAGCUUUCCAAAUCUGCGGGAGCUGCGCCGCGCAACGAUUCCAGCUCCUCCGCCAGUGCCCUAGAGGAGUCCUUCCAGCUGGUAUGCGCUCCGCAGGGCCCUUCGCAGUUCGCGAUGAUGAUCCGCCUCACUCCCGGAUUGCUGGAUGAGCUCCGCCGCGCCGAGGCCGAGGGCGCGGCUUCCAGCAUCAAGUUUGCGAGCCAUCCUAGCGGCGGUCAUCUAUUAAAGGUGGGACACGAAGAGUAUAAGUUCUCGUCAGCGCCAGAGCCGGGGGAGCUUUGCGACGUUUUUGAGGAGCAAAAGGCUGGAGAGGACGGGCAGGGAGUGCUCGCGGCAGUGGGAUCUGUGUGGAGGAAGAUUGCUGUGCAGCGAACUCUCAGCGCCAGCGAGAAGGACAGAGUGAAGAAGCGCUCGGUUGAGGCGGAGCAGCAACUCAAGUCCCGGAAGGCCAUUCUCGUGGAUUCUUCGCUGAUGAAAGCGGAGACGGCUGCACCGGGAGAUGCUGCUGCCAGAAGACCUCCAAUAAAAGGGAAGAAGGAACCGCCACCGAAGAAACGAAAGGUCACACCGGCAGUGGUUCCUGCUAAGUCUAAGCCACCUCCUGCUCAUUCUGCCUCAGUACCGUCUAAGGAGAAAAAUGGACCGCUACUAAUUGCGGAGCCGGCUGUGCCUCCGGCAGCUCGCUCUCCGCCUCUAGCUGCGACUGCAUCCGCUCCUCCGCAUUCUCUGCCAAGUGUGGAGAAGCGUGCGCUUGUGGAGGAGAUCACCAUCGGAAGCGCCUCGCCAGCUAAAGCGGUUCCAAAGGAGAAGGAGAAGGAGAAGGAGAAAACUUCGGCCGCUACAACACCCGAAGUUCAUGUCAAGACGACCUCUGCCGGAGGAGCCGCAGGAGGAGCAGUGAACAUGACUGAAUUGCGAAACACCAUAAUUGCUCUAUUGACCGAAACCCCGAGGGGAAUGAAGGCUAUUGAAAAAUCAUUAAGCGAAGUAAUGCCGCAACCGGACAGAAGGAACAUCGAGAAGAUUUUAAAAUCGAUCGCUCUAUAUAAAGCUCCGGGAAAAUACGAACUCAAGCCUGGAGUUCAGCCGGAAAGUUAUACAGGGCCAUCUCCUGGAAGUGGCAGUUUACCAGAUGCAACAGCAGUGGACUCUCCUGAAUCUCCUGCCGGUGCUGCUGAAUCCAAGGCGGAUGAGUUUGCGAAGUUACCGGCCGCAGGUGUCGAAGUAGAACGGAUAGAUAUCGGGGAAGAGGAUGAGAGUCCGGCGAAGUCACCAGUGCUACUAGAACAUAAAACCAACGCCAUACAAGAAAAGGACGAAGAGGAGGGAGAAGUUCAACCGGGAGGAACUCCAGGGGACGAUGCGAAUAUUACUGUAGAGCCUUUGGAGGAACCGAAUCCUCCCAAGGCUGCGGCGAGCAGUGGUUCUAGUAGCACCAGUGGCAGCGAUAGCGACUCUGAUAGUGGAAGCGAUAGCAGUAGCGGAAGCGGAAGUAGUGGAAGUAGUGGCAGCGAAUCCAGCAGUAGCAGCGACGAGGAGGACGAAAAUGUUGAUAUUGUGAGCGACGACGAUAACCACAAGCCGAAAGCCAAAGCAGAGAAAAGGUCUCACAAAUCCAAGCCUGCGAGUGCGAGACCUGGCUCCGAAAGGAAGACUCCUGACGAACUUCACAGAGAUAAGGACUCCGAGGACAUCGACAUUGUUGACGCAGAUGAUAGCUCCAAACUCAACUCUAUCGUGGAGAGAAUAACUGAGACUAUACCGUUAGAGGUUGACAUUAUUCCAUGCGAUGGUGACUCACCUGAAGAGGCACUGGAAGUCAAGAGCGACGUGCCUGAGUUGCCAGCUCCUACUCAGAGUCAGAGUAGACCGCGUGAAGACGAGAAGCGAGAAAAACCAGUCGAGCCUCCGGUCUCCAAGGCGCUGGAACAAAACUCGAGAGAACGAGCUUCUUCACGGGCACAUACUGAUAAAAAGGUGGAAGCACCUGUUCCACAUACACGAGACACCACUUUUGAAGCAGCAGAGGCGAGAAGUUCUGGCCCCGAGGCUUAUCCAAGGACAUCAUCUGGACCUGAGGCUCAUCCCAAGCAUUCUGGACCCGAGACUCAUCCUCGACCUUCUGGACCUCCUGCUAAAGUCGAUGGACGCUCGAAGGUUUCUGUGAGAAAGAGCAAGGAUCAACCGAGAGAUAAUGAGCCUCGAAAAGAGUUGGAUACAGGAGCUCGGGUAGAGGCAGACAGGAACGAACCUCGGAAAGAGUUUGAUACAGGAGCUCGGGUAGAGGCGGACAGGAACGAGCUUUGGAAAGAGUUCGAUACAGGAGCUCGGAUAGAGGCAGACAGGAAAGAGUUCGAUACAGGAGCUCGGAUAGAGGCAGACAGGAAAGAGUUCGAUACAGGAGCUCGGGUAGAAGCAGACAGGAGACAUUCCGAUCCGGUUCCGGGAGGAACGUCUAAGGACACGGACUUUUUUGCUCCUUAUGAGAAAGCCGUCAGCGAAGUGAGGGGUCCUAUCAGAAGCCAUGAACAGUACAUGGAGUAUUGUCGCGAAUACCGGGAGAAGUAUCCUGUGUACAUUCGACUGAAUUCUUGUUUGGAAGGCGAUAGGGGAAGUUUUGAAAGAUUGCAGAGAGACAUUGACAUUGCCAAGAGCGCCAAUGACAAGACUCGCCUCGCAGCCAUCUAUCAAAAGGUGAAACAGGACUAUAUGCAUUGCCGCAAGAGAUUCAAGCGAAUGAGCAAAACGUUCCUCUUGCUUCACGAUGAACUGCGGACGCUCAAGGACAGAUGCAAGGAGUAUGCUCGCCAAGCGUUGUAAAUACCACACAACAUUCUUUCCAGCUCAUUUUUAUAAGGUAGCUGAGUGUAAGGCUUAGCUAGACUGUACAUUGAGACUAUUUUUUUUUUCUUUUUCUUAUUGUGUGCCAUUCGGGGACACAUAUCGAGCGAUGUGGUGCUUCGAGACGAUGCCAAGACAUUCUAUCAUUUGUAUAACGAAAGAAAAAAUGAAUCGAAUUCUCAUUUUUUUC